GGCAAAGGUGUCGGAGGGGCUCGCAAGAAGCUGGACGCGGCAAUUUUGGAAGACCGGGACAAACCCUACGCUUGUGACAAUAGUUACAAACAAAAGCAUUCCCUGAAACCUCCCGACCGAGUCUGCGGGAAGCGCUACAAGAACCGCCCGGGACUGAGCUACCACUACGCUCACUCCCACCUGGCCGAGGAGGAGGGGGACGACAAGGACGACUCGCAGCCCCCCACGCCCGUUUCGCAGCGCUCAGAGGAGCAAAAAUCCAAGAAGGGCCCCGACGGCCUGGCACUGCCCAACAACUACUGCGACUUUUGCCUGGGGGACUCCAAAAUCAACAAGAAGACAGGGCAGCCCGAGGAGCUCGUGUCCUGCUCCGACUGCGGCCGCUCAGGCCACCCCUCCUGCCUGCAGUUCACCCCGGUGAUGAUGGCAGCUGUCAAAACGUACCGCUGGCAGUGCAUCGAGUGCAAGUGCUGCAACAUCUGCGGCACCUCCGAGAACGACGUGAGGGGGGUUUUGGGGGCAGAAAUGGGGGUUUUGGGGGGAGAAAAUG